AUGUCGGACCUCGGGGACUGGUUCCGCAGCAUCCCGUUCAUUACCCGGUACUGGUUCGCCAGCUCUAUCGCUGUCCCCUUACUGGGGAAGCUGGGCCUUAUAAAUCCCAUGUACCUGAUCCUGUGGCCGGAGAACUUCCUGCACAAGUUCCAGAUAUGGAGACCGAUCACCUCUACGUUUUAUUUCCCGGUUGGACCCGGCUCGGGAUUUCUCUACAUGGUGAAUCUGUAUUUCCUAUAUCAGUAUUCAUCGAGACUGGAAACAGGGGCGUUUGAUGGACGACCUGCUGAUUAUUUGUUCAUGCUCCUCUUCAACUGGAUCUGCAUCGUUAUAACGGGCGUUAUAAUGGAUAUGCAGCUUUUGAUGAUCCCGCUGAUCAUGUCGGUUCUGUACGUCUGGUCCCAGCUGAACAGGGACAUGAUCGUGUCCUUUUGGUUCGGAACAAGAUUUAAGGCGUGCUAUCUGCCCUGGGUCAUUCUCGGAUUCAACUACAUUAUCGGAGGAUCGAUCGUCAAUGAGCUGAUCGGGAAUUUGGUCGGACAUCUUUACUUCUUCCUAAUGUUCAAAUAUCCAAUGGACCUCGGGGGCAGGAGUUUCCUCUCCACACCUCAGAUCCUGUACCGUUGGUUUCCAAGCCGAAGAGGCGGAGUAUCAGGAUUUGGCGUCCCACCUGCAAGUGCCAGACGAGCAGCAGACGAUCAAGCAGGAGGCGGAGGACGGCACAACUGGGGUCAAGGAUUUCGGCUGGGAGACUAGUGAGGACUCGCAAGCCACGUGCUACACAGAACUUAUCUUUUUUAUGUCUUAUUUCUGUAACUUUUGAACUUUAACCCGUAAAGAACUUGCGCAAGAAGGCGGGAAGCGCAGGAGACCGCUGACACGGCACUGGCGCCUCCCACGGGCUGGACGGCACAUCCGCCACUUCUUUCUAUGCUGAAAACUUCUCCUGUCUUUGGGGAAAUGCAAAAGAGAUCAACAAAGUGUUGUUAAGGGGCUUCGAUCAUUUACAUUUCCUUCUGAUACCACAUUUGCGCACAGGGUGGAUGCACCCCGGUGCAAUGCUCUGCGGGCUCCUGUGUCAGCAGAUGGGAUGGACUGAAGAUAAAAUGUUCCUUCCAUUGUUGUAAGGAGGAAAGACAAACUGAAAUUUGUUUAUUAAAAUGUAUUUAAUUGGA